AGGUCCUUAUACUAACCCUUACAUUCUGGUGGCGGGCGGUGGUUGUUGCGCCCUUUCGGCGCGCAACCGAAUCAGCCUCCGAAGAAAAACCGCUCAGCUUCAAACAAACACAAGAUGGCAUCUUCAAACCUGAAAAGGAGAAAGAAGAAAAGACAUAUGGAAGAGAAGGGAAUGGAUGGACGUGUCUCUCCACAUGUGAAGAGAUACGAGGGAACGGGAAAGGAGAGAGUUAAUGAGGAUGAAAGUGUAUAUGAGGAAGAAACUGAAAACAAGAGUAAAAAUAGAGAUAAAAUAGACGAAAAAGGAAACACAAAACAAAAACAAAUUGACAUUACAAAGAAAAUAUCCGAGAGAAAAGAACAAGAAGACAAAGCAAAGGAGACCAGGAGAGGAGAGGAGACAAUGAAUCAAGGAGACAAAGCAAAGAAGGCAUAUGGAAACAAACGGCAAGCAAAUAGAGUAAAUCAAGACGAACAGAAAGAGCAAACGAAAGCCGUGAAAAAGCAAGAAUUUGAAAGGAAACGCAAAGAAAUGAUGAGUGAAGAGAGAAGGACAAUGGGAGAACAUAAAUGGAAAAAACGUGUAAACAAGACAAAUAAGGAAGAACGAUGUAAAAUUACAAAUAAACAAAAACUAAGCCCAGAAAAGGAACCAGAAAAAGGAAUAGAAAACAUGAACAUGGAAGGUCGUGAUGAAAACGAGGAACAGAAUCAAGCCACGAAGAUGAGAAUUGGAAGAAGGGACCGGGCUAGUGAUGAAGACGAGGAAAAGUAUCAAGCCGCGAAGAUGAGAACAGGAAGAAGGGACCAGGAUAGUGAUGAAGGCAAGGAAAAGUAUCAGGCCACGAAGAUGAGAACAGGAAGAAGGGACCAGGAUAGUGAUGAAGGCGAGGAAAAGUAUCAAGCCACGAAGAUGAGAACGGGAAGAAGGGACCAGGAUAGCUGUGAUGAAGACGAGGAAAAGUAUCAAGCCACAGACAUGAGAACAGGAAGAAGGGACCAGGAUAGCUGUGAUGAAGACGAGGAAAAGUAUCAAGCCACAGAUAUGAGAACAGGAAGAAGGGACCAGGAUAGUGAUGAAGGCGAGGAAAAGUAUCAAGCCACGAAGAUGAGAACAGGAAGAAGGGAUCGGGAUAGUGAUGAAGGCGAGGAAAAGUAUCAAGCCGCGAAGAUGAGAACGGGAAGAAGGGACCAGGAUAGCUGUGAUGAAGACGAGGAAAAGUAUCAAGCCACGAAGAUGAGAACAGGAAGAAGGGAUCGGGAUAGUGAUGAAGACGAGGAAAAGUAUCAAGCCACAGACAUGAGAACAGGAAGAAGGGACCAGGAUAGUGAUGAAGACGAGGAAAAGUAUCAAGCCGCGAAGAUGAGAACGGGAAGAAGGGACCAGGAUAGUCGUUAUGAAGACGAGGAAAAGUAUCAAGCCACAGACAUGAGAACAGGAAGAAGGGAUCAGGAUAGUGAUGAAGACGAGGAAAAGUAUCAAGCCGCGAAGAUGAGAACAGGAAGAAGGGACCAGGAUUGUGAUGAAGACGAGGAAAAGUAUCAAGCCACGAAGAUGAGAACGGGAAGAAGGGACCAGGAUAGUGAUGAAGACGAGGAAAAGUAUCAAGCCACGAAGAUGAGAACGGGAAGAAGGGACCAGGAUAGCUGUGAUGAAGACGAGGAAAAGUAUCAAGCCGCGAAGAUGAGAACGGGAAGAAGGGACCAGGAUAGUCGUUAUGAAGACGAGGAAAAGUAUCAAGCCACGAAGAUGAGAACGGGAAGAAGGGACCAGGAUAGUCGUUAUGAAGACGAGGAAAAGUAUCAAGCCACGAAGAUGAGAACGGGAAGAAGGGACCAGGAUAGUCGUUAUGAAGACGAGGAAAAGUAUCAAGCCACGAAGAUGAGAACAGGGAAGAAGGGACCAGGAUAG